AUAGAGGGGAACUUCCCUUUUUUGUAAUUUGCUGGCUGUGUCGGCUAUGCCUGGGCAGCGAGUAACUGCUGAGGAGCGAACCAGGCGUCGUGUUGUGGACCGCGAAAAAGAGAUGCCCCCAAAAAAUCGUCACUGAUUUUCUGCUGUGUUGGAUGGAGGAGGCGGAAGAGGUGUCUGCUGUUCGUCGUGCUGCAGCUGCUGCAGCUGCGGAUUUCGGAACGACUUCGUUGCAUUCUGAGCGAUUCGGCGAGAAAAUCAUGCCGGCAGCGGGGAUGGCUUUUUCUCGUCCACUAUGCGAAUUUCCUUUUUCUCGUACGUAACUCUCGUGAACGCUCCAUCUCGUCGGCAAACACUUGGCAGGCGCGCCUUGCCCUACUCCAUUCGGUCCUUCUCCUCAGUGAAUGACACAUAUUUCCCCCAGUCUCUUUCCGGGGAAUGCUGUCGUCAAUGAGCUGGUGCUGUCACAAAUCCAGUUCAGCGUCGAAAUUCGCGCCGACAUUCGCGGCGUGCCCUCGCGUUGGGGUUGUCCUGGUUCUGUUUCUCGAAUGCAGACUGCCGAGAUCGUUUUCCUUGAAGCAAGUGGCGCGCGCGUUUCUCGGGGUAUCGAACCUCAGUUGCUUGGCUGCACACGCAUCCUCGUUUUGCUUCAUUCCCCGCCUUUUCUCUGUAGCUAACCAAAGGAACAAAGUCAGCGGUAGAAGCCGUUUCUUCUGUCCGCUUCCCACUCUUCCCGUUCGGCUGCCCCUGCAGAGCGCCCUUUCUAUGCGUUGCCACCCGUCUGCAAGUAUCGCGUCUUUCGUCUCAUCAGUGAUUUCCUUUGCGUGUCGCGUUCGGGACGCCCUUUUCUCUCCUCAACUAACUAGCAGACGUUUCUUCCGUCCCGCAUGCGACAGCGAAGGGCACGUCCCCCCAGUUCUUCAUCGCCCACCUGUUGUGCAACUUGUCGCCCGUCGUUCUUCACUUCUUCUCUCCCAUCCUCUCGUGACUCUUCCUCUCGAGAACUCUUUCUGUCGAACUCUCAACCCCCACGGACUGCUGGUUUCGUGGCCGUCCCGCAUGCACCUUGUGUCCCGCCGCCUUGGCGCAAACACCCGCUUUCUCUGCUGUCCGCCUCCCGGUGGACUUCUCUCCGUGUUUUUUCGUGCUGCCAAAAGUUUGUCUGCUUUGACGUUUCUCUGCUCACCCAUUGCCCGCUCUUGAUGAGGAACGCUCCACAUUGACAGCGAACUCACAGCACGCACCCUCCGCGAGCGGACUUUCACGAGCGAGGCAAGAAUCCAUCGUCACCCCGCCUACACGUACACUACUGCACUUGGGUGCCCACGCGCGGCUUCUGGGAGACAGAGACGGUCCUCGUUUUCCGUGUCAGAACUUUGUCGAGGAAACGCUGCUGCUGGCAGCGGGGAUUGUGACCCCCCUCGGCGAACGGGCGAAGCCGCCCUGUCGCGCGUCGCGACUCAGCUGAGGCGACAGGCGGUCGGCGGCGUGACCUCUCUUUCUUUUUGCAUUCGGCCCUGAUUGCAGCACGAAGGAUGGAGGUCAGGGUCGGAGGCAAGUACCGACUUGGUCGGAAGAUCGGCAGCGGGUCAUUCGGUGAUAUUUAUAUCGGUGCAAACAUUUUGACGGGGGAUGAGGUGGCGAUCAAGUUGGAGUCUAUCAAGUCGAAGCACCCGCAGCUGCUCUAUGAGUCGAAGCUGUACAAACUGCUGGCUGGCGGCAUUGGGAUUCCCAUGGUCCACUGGUACGGCAUCGAAGGAGACUACAAUGUUAUGGUUAUCGACCUUCUCGGCCCUUCUCUGGAGGACCUUUUCAGUAUCUGCAAUCGCAAACUCUCUCUCAAGACGGUGUUGAUGCUCGCAGACCAGAUGCUCAACCGCAUCGAGUUUGUCCAUAGCAAGAACUUCAUCCAUCGCGAUAUCAAACCCGACAACUUCCUCAUUGGCCGUGGAAAGAAGAUGUCCGUCGUCUACAUCAUCGAUUUCGGUUUGGCAAAGAAAUAUCGAGACCCAAAGACUCAGCAACAUAUCCCAUACAGGGAAGGCAAGAACCUAACAGGCACAGCGCGUUACGCUUCCAUCAACACCCACCUGGGGAUCGAGCAGAGUCGGCGAGACGACCUAGAGGCGCUCGGUUACGUUCUCAUGUACUUCAAUAGAGGUUCUCUUCCGUGGCAGGGUCUGAAGGCGACGACGAAGAAGGACAAAUACGACAAGAUUAUGGAGAAGAAAAUGUCUACUCCCAUCGAAAUUUUGUGCAAACAUUUCCCAUUCGAGUUCAUCACCUACUUGAAUUACUGCCGGUCCCUGCGCUUCGAGGAUCGUCCUGACUACGCAUACUUGCGACGCCUGUUCAAAGACUUGUUUUUUAGAGAGGGAUAUCAGUACGACUUCAUCUUCGACUGGACUUUCAUCAACACGGAGAAGGAUCGCGCGAGUCGAAGAAGCCAGCAAGUUUAUGUGGAAGACAACCGGCAAGUUGAGGAGAAUCAGAACGAGUUGCCGAUGUAGGGUGGUCGGUGUGCGGAGGCCGGCGGGGAGCGUGGAGUCCGCUGAGUCUGGAAGUCUGCAGACUGUGCUCUGGCACUCGACCCACUUGUUUGUGUUUCCCUCGACUCGCGCAGGUCGAGGAAAACAGAGACGAACAGGUUACCCAGGAGUGUUUUUGGUCAGGACGCGCGUCUCCCUCUGAGUUUCGCAAAGUUGCCCCUGGAAAAGCGAAGCCUUUGCGUGACAAAUGCGCGAAUGUUCUGCAGAAGCGUCCAGCUGUGUCCGGGGGGAAAUGGCGGGGUCCUUCUGGGGUCGACCGCGGUGAAUUUUGUGGCGUUUCUGUCGACUUGUUCCCAUCGUUUCGAGCUCACAGAAUUCGUUUGUUUCGACCGCGAGAAGCUCGCGCUCCUUGAAACAAACAGCCGUGACGCGUCGAUGCGCCACGUAAAAACAGUGCACACCCGUCACGGUGGAAAAUCUUGGAACGACGUUUGUCUUUGCAGAAACUGCUUGGUCAGAGA